AUGCCAUUGUUCUUCUCCCCAUCUCUCUCUUUUCCAUUUCACCAUUCGUCUUUUUCAACUUCUUGAGAUCAUGGUGACCAAACUAUACAUACGUCUCACAACCUACUAAUCAUGUCUUCUUCAGAGAAAUCAUUAAUUUAUUGGAGAGGAAAUCCUCAGUUUAUUGGAGACGAAAGUAAAGUAUCACGCCCCCCUUCUAUAUCUUUGGACAACCGCAUAAGGAGUGAUAAUCAUGAAGAAGAAUUAGAUGGAGCAACUGCACUUUCUUUAGUACUGCGCGCCCCUUCUAGAUCCUUCGACAAGCGCACAAGGAGUGAUAAACACAAUGAAGAAUUAGAUCGAGCAUUUGCACUUUCUUUAGUAUCGCGCGCCCCUUCUAGAUCCUUGGACAACCGCAUAAGGGAUGAUAAACACAAUGAAGAAUUAGAUCGAGCAUCUGCAUUUUCUUUAGUAUCACGGGCCCCUUCAAGAUCCUUGAACAACCGCACAAGGAGUGAUAAAAACAAUGAAGAAUUAGAUCGAGCAUUUGCACUUUCUUUAGUACUGCGUGCCCCUUCUGGAUCAUUUGACAACCGUACAAGGAGCAAUAAACACAAGGAAAAAUUAGAUGGUCCAGUUGAACUUUCUUCGGACAACCGUACAAGGAGUGAUAAACAAAAAGAAGAAUUAGAGCGAGCAACUGCACUUUCUUUAGCUGAAGGUUUAAAGAAACCGAUUGACAAUAAUAAUGAAAGUAUGGUAGUGCGUGCUCCUGUUAGAUCCGUGGACAACCGCACAAGAAGUGAUAAACAAAAGGAAGAAUUAGAUCGAGCAAUUGCACUUUCUUUGGCCGAAGGUUUAAGGAAACCAAAUGGAUAUGGGUGGCAACCAAGCAAUAAUAAUGAUCUUGCUAAAUCACAUCAAGAUGACUUUUAUCCAUCAAACCCUCGAUAUGCACCCAAGGGAUAUAGGAUAUGUGGUGGGUGCAAUCGUGACAUUGGUUAUGGCAACUACUUGAGUUGCAUGGGGACAUAUUUUCAUCCAGAGUGCUUUUGUUGUAGUGCUUGUCGUUACCCAAUCACCGAAAAUGAGUUCUCUUUAUCAGGGAAAGCUGCAUAUCAUAAGUCAUGCUUCAAAGAGUUGACUCAUCCCAAGUGUGAAGUCUGCUUUCAAUUUAUUCCCACAAAUGGAGCUGGAUUAAUCGACUAUCGAUGCCACCCAUUUUCGUCCCAAAAAUAUUGUCCCGCACAUGAUUAUGAUAAUACAGCCCGAUGUUGUAGUUGUGAACGACUUGAGUGUGUGAAUGGGAGAAAAACGGGUUCCAUUAUUCGCCAGAUACAAGGGGGUCUAUGCCUUUCUGAAGAGCAGACUGUUACAAGUAUUUUAAAAAAGCCAAGAAUUGGUGGUCAGCAGUUAGUGGGAAUGAGAACUAAACCUCAUAAGCUGACUCGUAGAUGUGAAGUUACUGCCAUUCUUGUUUUGUAUGGUCUUCCAAGAUUACUAACUGGAGCCAUUCUUGCUCACCAGUUGAUGCAUGCCUGGUUACGUCUUAAAGGUUACAGGAACCUAAAUCCUGAGGUAGAAGAAGGUAUCUGUCAAGUGCUUUCAUAUAUGUGGCUCGAAUCAGAGAUCAUGCCCAACAUGCCAUCAUCAUCAUCAACAUCAAAGAAAGGUGGGAAAUCAAGAAAUGAGAACAAAUUAGGUGAAUUUUUCAUGCAUCAAAUAGCUCAUGAUGCAUCACCAGCAUAUGGAGGAGGGUUUAGAGCUGCAAAUGCAGCUGUUAAUACAUAUGGCUUACGAAGAACACUGGAUCAUAUUCGCCUCACUGGAAGCUUCCCUCUCUGAGGUUUUGCACAAAUAGCUCUUGAGGAUCCAAAUGAUCGAAAAUGUGCAAGAAAAUGAGAGAGUUGGUCUUGCUUGCUUUUUAAUUAAUAAACCUCAAAAUGGAUUUGUUUCUGUCAUUGGUAUCGGUAUCGUGGUUUCUGUUUUUGAAAAAUUUUAUGAACUUGUGGGUAACCUCAAACUAUUAGCUAUUGGUGUGGCAUAAAAAAAUGGAU